UUGUUUUAAAUACGAGGGUGCGCGUGGACGGAGUUUGCCGUUCGAACCGUUGUAUUUUAUUCCCAAUGCGCGAGGCACCGCCCACUCGGCACAGCCGCGUGAAGACAUGAGAAGAGUUAUAUAGUUGCAGUGAAGGCGGGAGGAUGAGAAGCAGAAGUUUUGAUAGAAGUGGUGCUAGCUUUGUUUCGAGCGGGUUAUCAGUCACUGUGAUACUGAAGUGAACCACAGAGAGCUCCAGGCGUCGACCGAAUUAGUCAACAUUACCUCAACAGUAACUCCUAAACUACUUUAUAGGGUAAACUGUUAGCUCCGCGGCGGUUUAGAAGUAAUGUGUGUACGUUGCUAAGCUAACGUCAACUUGUUAACCUCCUUAGCCGUUAGCUGACUGUCUGAUCGAGUGGUAUGGCUACAAGAAAGCCUAAGGAAAAUGAUGCCAGCCUCCCCUUUGCUGCCCUGCAGCUCCUGGCCCCGCCUGUGCGUCUGGUAUCUGCAGCCCUCUGGAAAGUGAUGAAGCAGAGGGAUGUGAUGCAGUAUGGGGCUGUGGAGGAGUUUGUGACAUCGGCCUGUGAGACUGUCCCUGGGCUGCUCACCGUGAGACACCAGGGCAAGCUGGCGCUGGGGCUGAGAGGACGGUUUAUCUUGGAGCUGUGCCGCACACAAUCGGAUAAAAAGGUGAUCGUGCCACACCUGGAAAGGAUCCGUACCCCUGCUGCCCUGUCAACCUCCUCUGCUCCUAUGGGGAAGAGGGAUGUAAAAAUCACAAGAACAGUCGAAAGUUUCCAUUCAUUGGUUCACACACUGCUAAAAGACCCAGCAGGGCGAGAACAAUUCUUCAAGGAGGAGUUUCCCGUGGAUUACGGUCCAAAGUUUGACCAGGAACUGGAGAAGCUGCUGUGGGAGUUCUUGAUCCGAGUGGACCAGUUGCUCCCGGUUCCCAACCUAGCUCAGACUGUGUCGUGGCUCAGUGAUGCCCCCCCUGUCCUGGAGGAGUGUGCGCGGGCAGCCACCCAGCCACAGCUCCUUAAGAUACUGCUUCAACAUCAAACCUGUCUGGGUCAUCUGGAGAGUGCAGCAUCCCUGCCUCCAAACUUGGGAGACUCCAUCCUGGCUUCACUUUCUCUCCCACCCUCUGGAAAAGUACCUUCAGAUCAACCAACAGAAGCCACAAAGUUCGCUGUGGAUCAGUCUGAUGUCACAAUGACAAGAGACAAACCACAAUUUGUUACACCCGUUAUCGGACUAAUAUCAAAUGAAGACGUUCCCGUUAUGAUCAGGACAUCAAGAGACAAUGAGCCAGCCAGCUCAAAAGAUGCAACAGCCUCAGACCCAAAAGAUAAGUUGAAAUUCACUGUGAUUAAAACGAGACAAAAACCCAAAGAGGGUGAAGAAGACAUGGAGGAGGAGGGGAACGCCUUACAAAGAAAAAGUGGACUGAAACGCAAGCAGCCUGACAAACAGAGUGAAUCCGAGGAGGAGGAGGAAGUGUUGCGCAUGAUCAGAACUGGGGAAUCGAGGAUAAGCGGGCGUUUGAGAAGAAGAGAUAACCAGAGGACAAAUGAGAGCAAAGAAGACGAAGCUGUUAGAGACGAGGAGCAAAAAAGAGCAGCUCUAGAAACCUGCAUGUCCCAGCUGGGUGUCAAAGCACUGCACCUGCCUGAAGAUCCGUCCCUCCGCUCCAUUUUUGCAUCUUGUCUGAUCCACCAACCCAGAGUUGUCAUUGACAAACUGUCAGUGACUCCUCCUAACGCUAACAGGACUGAUAGAGGAGGUAAAUCCAUAAACGUGACCCGGCAGAAUCAGAGGAGGAACUUGCCCGUCAAAGCUCCAACAAAUCAACGUCGAAAGCCUGACUUGGAUUAUCCUGGCUUGGACGAUAAAGAAAAUCAUCCUGUCCCACCGGGUAUAAGUAGCUUUCCCUCUCAGCAGCGAAGUAACACAGAGACGUCAUCCCUUACAGGAGACAGCGAAGACUACGUAGCUGAUUCUGAGGACGAAGCGACAAAGAACUUCAAAGGCAGGCUGUUCAUGAAGCGCUACUACAAGACCAAACACGGCACAUAUGUUCCCACUCUGAGGGAGUACUGGAAGCCCGGGUCGACACGGCGAGACUUAACGUCGGCUGGCAGCAAACGCAGAUGAUGACAUGAACUUUCAUUGCCAGGUUUGGUGUUGGGACGCCAGAAAAAUGUCAGAGGACUUUAACUGCAGUUCAGCUGGGUUUUCUCCACCAGCUGCAAUGGCAGGA